ACCGCUCCUGGCAGUGCUCACCCAGCACUGGACCUCAUCAUGGCCUCAGUCUCAGAGCUCACCUGCAUCUACUCGGCCCUGAUCCUGCACGACAAUGAAGUGACAGUGAUGGAGAAUAAGAUCAAUUCCCUCAUUAAAGCAGCUGGUGUAAAUGUUGAACCUUUCUGGCCAGGCUUGUUUGCAAAGGCUCUGGCCAAUGUCAACAUUGGAAGUCUCAUCUGCAAAAUAGGGGCUGGUGGACCUGCCCCUGCAGCUAUUGCUGCACCGGCAGGAGGUCCUGCCUCUCCCACCUCUGCGGCCCCAGCUGAGGAGGAGAAAGUGGAAGCAAAGAAAGAAGAAUCUGAGGGGUCUGACGAUGACAUGGGCUUUGGUCUUUUUGACUAAACUGGCUCUUUUGUAACACAGUCAAUAAAAGCUGACCUUUGUUGCUGUU